CAUCAUUGAAUUCCUUUUGUAGUUACACAAAUCUCCAUCCUUGCCCCCAAUACUUGCGCCACCCUAGAACCAAUUUCCCAGAGAGCCUCCGCCAUGGCAGACCACCUUCAAGUUCAGCGGCAACAACUAAAGUUCCCUCAGGGGUUUAGGUUUCACCCGACGGAUGUGGAGAUCAUCACCUCCUACCUAGUCCCUAAGGUGUUGAACAAAGCAUUCGACCCCAUAGCGGUCGGGGAGGUGGACCUAAACAAAUGCGAGCCGUGGGAACUCCCCGAGAAGGCGAAAAUGGGGGAGAAGGAGUGGUACUUCUUCUCCCAAAAGGACCGCAAGUACCCCACCGGUAUACGGACCAACCGAGCCACGACCGCCGGCUACUGGAAGGCCACUGGAAAGGACAAGGAGAUCUUCCACCACGCGACCACAAGUCUCAUCGGCAUGAAGAAGACGUUGGUCUUUUACAAGGGUAGGGCGCCCAGGGGGGAGAAGACCAACUGGGUCAUGCACGAGUAUAGGCUCGAGAGUGGAAAACAAGGAACACCUAGUCUACCCACCGACAUCACCACCGCCACAGCCAUUAAUGCAUCUUCCAAGGAGGAGUAUGUGGUUUGCAGGAUAUUCCAUAAGAGCACUGGACUCAAGAAGGUAGUGAUGUCGUCGUACGCCAUUCCCAUGCCAAUGUCCAUGGGAGCAGAGGAGCAACAUGGAUUCCUUGAAUCCGGUACAUUGCCUCCUUUCAUGGGCUAUGGUGCAUCAUCAUCGCUGGUGCCCCCAUCGUCCCUGCCCGCAUCUUCUUUGUACCAGCUGCAUGACGCUGGGGCCAGAUCGUCAAUGAUGGGUAGUGCGGUGCUCCCGAUGAUGAACGACCACUACUUCGGGAACCACCACUACCAGAAUAUGGCUACCCCACCACGACCGUUGGUGUCGUUCUACCACCAUGACCCCCGCCAGCAGCAACAACAACAACAACAACAACAACACAUGAUUCAAAUGCCGAUGCAGAUGCAGAUAGGUGCAGAUGAGGGCCUCAUGAUCGGGGUCGAGCCUGGGAGCGGGCCGUCAUCCAUAGUGUCGCAGGAGGACACUUUGGCAAGGUUGAGUAGCAACGACGUUGCAACAACUGCUGAUGAGAUCUCGUCAGUGAACAUGGGUACGGAUGGCAUGUGGAAGUACUGAUAAUCAGAUGAUCCAAGUACUAAUAUAUAUAGCAUCAGAAGAUCGAUUGAUAUAUACCACCACCUAUAUAUAUUGGUUUGCACCGCAUUUUAUUUGUGUGUGUGAGAAGAGAGCUUGUAUGCAUUGCUUGGCUUGGCUUUGCCUCUUUCUUGUGCUAGUAUUGUGUGUAUGUGUACUGGCUUGUAUAUGCCACCCACCGGUGUAUACCUAGCUACAUUUGCAUGUGUUCCAAACUACCUAGCAGUGUGUACAUCAUGCAUGUAUUAAACCUAUGUGCAAUAAACUAUUUUAUUUAAUUCUGAA